UCAAUUGUUAGGGCAAGGACAAAAAUUUUUGUUGAAUACAUUUUUUAAUUUUAAUUUAAAAUUAGUUUACUAAUAGCUGACUAUUUAAAUUGCAAUUAGUUGUACGAGAUUAAAGUUGACAAGUUUUUUAAAAUGCCACGAGGUAAAUUCACCAAUCACAAAGGUAGAAAUCGUAGAUUCACUAAUCCGGAGGAGUUAGAGGAAGAAAGAAGGCGAGAAGAACAGCAGAAGAAAUGGAGACAGAAGAGGGGUGAAAGUAGCGAAGAAUCGGAAGACGAGGCGCCGGGAGAUAAAAAAAUUAGUGAAGAAUCUGGAUCUGAUUCAGAUUCAGAAGAAACCACUGAUGACGAAGACGUCAAAGCGAAGGGUGUAUCGAACCUAAUAGAAAUAGAAAAUCCUAACAGAGUCCAAAAGAAAACAAAGAAACUUGCGACUCUCGAUGUUGCAGAUUUAGAAAGUAAGCCUCAGUUAUCUAGAAGAGAACGUGAAGAAGUAGAAAAACAAAAGGCACAAGCCCACUAUCAAAAGCUGCACGCGGAAGGAAAGACAGAUCAGGCUAGAGCUGACUUGGCACGCUUAGCUAUAAUUAAACAGCAACGAGAGGAGGCCAAGAAAAGAAGAGAGGAGGAACAAAAAGAAAAAGAAAAUGCAGCCAAAGAAAAAACAGCUCAAACGAAAAAGGCUCUAGGAAAAAAAUGAAAUGUGUUUGUUUUUUUAAUUUAAAUUAUUUCAAUUGCAAUAUUUAAAAUGUUACUUUCAAAGGAUAAUAAUCAUUUCACAUUUGAUUUCUUUUUAUAUUUUUACUAAAUAAUAAUUGUAAUAAUCCAGUGAAUUUAAUAACAAGAAAUUUAUUUUGGAGUUUGAUAAUAAAAAGUAAGUUUUUCUCAUUCAAUUUGCUUUUUUUUGUGAAGAGGAUCCAGUGAAUAUAUUGAUUGUUUCC